UUACCAACAGAGCACGUUAAUCAAAGCAUAGCCUGUACAAGAAUAGGCAGUCUGAAGCGUACUCUUUAACACAAAAUAAACCAUGAGGUCCGUCCGUAAGUGAUGUGAUGACUGAUGAUGCUCAAAUGAAGUUCCACGUGCCUUUGUUUACCAGAGCACUUAGUACAUCUUUAAUUUAUUGAAUUCUAUAAUUUUAGCAGAAUAAUGAAUUCUGCCAGUAGAUCGGUUUCGGAGAAACUCAAUACAGAUAUCGAUGAUCCUAAAAAACGAAGUAGAGAAGAUUGGCGUAAAGCAAAAAAGUUAGAAGAAGCCAGAAAAGCUGGUAAUGCUCCUGCUGCUGUAGAUGAAGAUGGAAAGGACAUUAAUCCUCAUCUACCAAAGUAUAUUUCUUCUGCUCCAUGGUAUUUUGGUGCAAAAACUGCAACUUUAAAACACCAAAGGCCCCAGCCUGAUCGACGGAAAGAUUUCAGUCAAAUUAGUGAUGAAUAUGUACGAGGAUUGAAGGGUUCCAUUUGUGUCCACUACCGCCCUGGUGCAUGUGAGAACUGUGGUGCAAUGACACACAAGAAAAAAGAUUGCUUAGAGCUGCCCAGAAAAGUUGGUGCUAAAUAUUCGCAAAGUGAUUUUGCACCAGAUGAGACAGUACUUCCGAAUCUCAUGCUAGAUUAUGAUGGUAAAAGGGACCGUUGGAGAGGUUAUGACCCAAGCAACUACCACAAUAUUCUUGAGGAAUUUUCUAAAAUUGAAGAGGCUAAGCGUCAUUUAAAGGAAAAGAAACUAAAGCAAGAUUUUUUAUCUGAUGAAACUAACUUAGCUAAAGAACAGAUAAGAAAAAUUGAUAUAGAUGAUGAUGAGGAGAAGUAUACAGGCAAUGCUGAUAUGCCAGGUACGAAAGUAGACAGCAAACAAAGAAUUACGGUCAGAAAUCUUAGAAUUCGAGAAGAUACUGCUAAAUAUCUCCGAAAUCUAGAUCCUAACUCUGCAUAUUAUGAUCCCAAGACGAGAGCGAUGAGAGAGAAUCCUUACAAAAACACUAGAAAAGAUGCUACAGAGUUAGCUUAUGCUGGUGAUAACUUAGUUCGUUAUACAGGAGAUACUUCAAAGCAUAGUCAGACACAAUCUUUUGCCUGGCAAGCCUAUGAAAAGGGUGUAGAGGUGAACUUACUGGCAGAGCCCACAAAAGCAGAACUUCUUCAUCAAGAAUUCAAAGUCAAGAAGGGAGAAGUGAAGGACAACAUUAAGAAAAGCAUUAUUGAUACUUAUGGGGGAGAAGAGUAUUUGGAAGCUCUCCCGAAACAGUUGAUAUUCUCUCAAUCUGAAGACUAUGUGGAGUACUCAAGGCAAGGAAAUGUUAUUAAAGGAGACGAAAAACCUGUCAUCCGAUCUAAAUAUGAAGAAGAUGUUCACGUUAAUAAUCAUACUGCUGUUUUUGGAUCCUAUUGGCAAGAUAUGCAGUGGGGUUACAAGUGUUGCCAUUCUUUUAUUAAGAAUUCUUAUUGCACUGGACUUGCAGGGAAAGAAGCUUUUCAAGAAUCUAUGUUUCAGGUAUCAUCUAUAUCUUUGUUGACAGAAAAGUUGGCCAAACGAGCCGCAAGUAAUCUAGAACCAGCGGAAGAUUUGGCUCAAGAGUGUUUCAAAGCUCUAAUCGUUUUUAAGGAUCAAAUUAAGAAAAAGAAGCACAAGAAAGAUAAGAAGAAAAAAAAGAAGCACUAUUCUUCGAGCAGCGAAGGUGAUUCUGAAGCAGAGAAAGUAAAGAAAUUGAAAAAGAACACAAGUAAAGCAGCCCGGAGCACCAACCCAGGCAAAAUGAUCCACCUUCUACCAAUCACUUUCAGGAUGGUACGAAAGAAGAAAAUUAUGAAACAAAACACGAUUCAAUUGCACAGACUGCAAAUCAAAGUGAACUGUGUCAGAAUGGAUCAUCAAGCAAAAAAAGUAUCUCCAUGGACGAUAUAGACAACUUUCUGUGUGACGAUAUGGGGGAGUAAGAAACAAUGGCUGCCGAUGACGACAUAUUGCUAGAAAUCAAUAAGUUUUUAGAAAGCUGAUAUUCAAAUGUUUCCAUCUUUUGUACAUACUUUUCACAAUUUAUUAUGAAUAUGUCGUUUUUAACAUAUCAUUUUUAAAGUUUUUUUCUCUUUUGAAACAAAGGAAGAAAAGUUAAAGGGGUCCAUGACACAUUUUUUAAAACUAUUUUUAAAAAUGCAUGUAUUUUUCUUAUACUAUUAAAUCAUACAAAAAGUACUAUGAUUCAUUUUUAAAAAUUCUCAUUUUAACUGAGAAUAUUCUCCAUUAUUAACACUAGAAAGACUGAAACUUGAUAUACCUAUAUUGCCCUAAAGCAGUAAUAAUGACCGCAUUGUGAAAGAAUAACUAAUGUCUCAAGAAAUGUAAUUUUUUUAAAAUAUUAUUUACAGUUAUUAGUAAAUAUUAACAAUUAAAAUAAUGUAUGCAUCAUUAUUUGUGCAUUUUUGCAAAGGAAAAAGCAGUCAAAAUGACUUUGGCAAUCUAGUGUUAAAAUUUUUUUGACUUAUUUUAAAAUUUAUAUAUCUAGCCCUAAGAAUGUUUAAAAAAAAUAUUCUAAAAUUUUAUUUCAUACUUUUCCUAUGUUAAUUUUUUUUUAAAUAAUUGCAAAAUAUAGUCUAAAAAUAUUUUACAAAUUUCCAGAAGACCAUAAAAUAUACAUUGCUGCCAAAUCUACUGGAUUUUGCCAGUUUCUCCUGGUCUACUGGUUUUAUAAAAAUUCUCCUGGUUUUUGUACAUUUCAGGAAACUCCCUAAAAUUGAGAAAGUUUCCUAAAAAUAUCCCUAUUGAAAUAGAAUUUUUGUACAGAUUAUUGCUUGAUUUAAUAUUUAAAUAAGUAUUACUAAGGAAGCACCUCAUAUAUAGAAAUCAGUAUAAAUUUUUGUUGUUGUUUUGUUUAAAAUUGUUCAGUUUAUCUUUAUUCAGAACUCCCUUUCU